AUGAAAAUUGAAACAAGGCAAGAAAACUCUUACUCUUGUAUCUCUCUCAAAUAUAAUAAACUCUUGACACUUACAAUGAACGAAGAAGAUAUUAAGAUUCCUGGCACUAUUCAUCUGGUUGAUUUGGAGGGCACUCUGGAUGUCAGACACGAUGGAGAAAAGGACAUUGUGCUCGUUCCACAACCAACAGAAGAUCCGGAAGAUCCUCUUAACUGGAGCAAGAACAGAAAGAGGCUUCUGGCAUUAAGUCUGAUGAUAGCAGUGUUCUCGGCGGAUAUCCUGAGUACCUCAUUGUCUGCUGUCCUGUUGACCAUUGAAGCGGACACUGGAAUUCCUCUGGCAAACCUUAACACGGGUGUCGGUAUUCAGUAUUUGUUUUUCGGAUGGUCUACCCUACUCUGGCAGCCUUUUGGCCUGACCUAUGGACGUCGUCCAGCCCUGUUGCUUGGUGGUUUGGGAGUGUUGCUGUGCACAGUCUGGUCUGCCUACGUCAAGUCCAGUGGUGAAUGGUAUGUCAAUAGACUGCUCACAGGUACCUUUUACGGUCCCAUUGAGACCCUUAUUGAGGUGUGCAUCUCAGACGUGUUUUUUGCCCACGAACGUGGAACCUACAUUGCAUGGUACUGCUGGGUUUUGUUCAGCAUUCCAUUUGCCUGUGGUGUUCCAGCCGGAUUUGUUGCUUCGAACUUGGGCUGGAGAUGGAUCCCUUACAUCUGCUGCAUAAUUGCUGCUGCGUGUCUCAUCUUCAUGUUUUUUUUCUUGGAGGAGACCAUGUAUUACCGUGACCCAGCUCUAGAGCUGGACGGUACCGAUGUCAUCAGCAUCAGUGAGAACGAGAACAUGUCCAGCACCGAAGAGAAAGGCAAGAAUGCCGAUGUGGACGUUGCUGUGGACGAAGUCGUUGAUAGUACCCGUUCUCCUGCGCUCGUCUACCAAAGGAAGACCUACGCGCAGAAACUCAAGUUCUGGGGAGCGCGUGAUUCUAAGCAAAGAAACGUUUUUUUCCAGUCCAUGUGGAUUCCUUUUUCCCUGAUCAGAUUCCCAUCCAUUGCCUUUGGUGGUAUGGUUGUUGGCUCUGUAUUGUCCUGGUUUAAUGUUGUGAAUGCUACCAUCGCUGUGGUUUUAGCUGCUCCUCCAUAUAACUUCUCUGGAAACAUGAUAGGAGUGUUUUUCGCAGCUCCUUUCAUUGGCAUUUCUGUUGGUGCUUUCUUCUCUGGAAAGAUAGUUGAUACUUGGACCACUAUGAGGGCUCGUAAUGCCAGAGGUUUCAGAGAACCAGAAGAACGUCUGUGGCUCUCUGUCGUUCCAAUGGUGACCCAUCCAUUAGGAUGUUUCCUCUUUGGAAUUGGUGCUGCCCAUGGAAUUCAUUGGGUCGGUUUGGCAUUUGGCUUAGCAUUUGUCUGUGCUACUUUCCCAAUGGGUUCUGCUGUUGCCAUUAACUACAUCAUUGACUGUUAUAAGGAAGUGUCAGGAGAUGGUCUGGUCACUAUGAUUCUCAUCAGAAACUCUCUUGGUUUUGGGUUCUCUUAUGCCGUCACACCUUGGUUGGAUGCCGUCGGAGUUCAGAACUUGUUCAUUGCCAUUGGAUGUCUUGGGGUCUUCUUCUGGGGUCUUUCGUUUGCCGUCAUUGUCUUUGGGAAGAAGAUGAGAAAGGGCACAGCCAAGUCGUACUGGAGGUUUAUUGCAAAGUACGGUUUGAAGGCUCAUUAA